GCGCGCUGGUACCGUGACGUCGUGUUAUAUUUGGGGCAGGGAAUUUCCCUCACGCAUUCCACAAACAUAAUUGCGUACGUAGGUUAGACUUAAACAAUUCCCGACUUUUGAAGUCAAGAUCUGGUAUUUUUCGUCUCAUAAGCUUGACAAGUUAACUGUGCAGUACGUCUAUACGUGUGUGAAAGAAAUCGCCAUGAACGUGAUGAAGACUUUGAAGUGUGACUGUUGGGUUUUACUUGCCUUGGUUGGAGUAGCUGUGUAUAGGUCCGCCGUCGCCUAUGAAAGCAAUCUGAAGAGACAUUUGCAGCCCCCAGGCGCUCUGCACAGCCAGGAGCCCAGGAGUACUACUGACAAUACCUUCUUGCCCGGCCCAAAUGAAGAACUUUGUAUACUGCAUGAUAGAGACAUUCAUGAUCCAACGUACGAACAUCGGGAUGAACAGGGAAGGUUGUGUUGCUGUAGCGUCUGCAAACCAGGACAUUACGCUCGAGAGUUUUGCCAAUGCGACGAAGGGGAAACAAUUCCUUCACCAGGGAAAGACACAGAUUGUGUCCAUGUUAAUAUUGGUUUGCAGUAUAUGGAUAAGCAUAACAAAUGCACCCAGCCCUAUGAAUGCUCCGCACGCUGCAAUGCCAACCAGCAUAAGGUGUCAGAUUGCACCCGCAGAGCUGAUCUUCACUGUAGGUGCGAUGAAGAGUGGUUCAAUCCAGACCCUUUUGACACUGGCAAUAUACCCAAGACUUGUCGGCAAAAACCACACUGCUAUGCUGGCGAAGAACGGAAACAGAUUCAAGAAGCAGGCCUGUUUGAGUUCAUCUGCGUACCUUGCCCCAGAGGUUAUUUCAAAGCGAUGGGGGGCAAAUGGAAACGCUGUGAACCUCACCGGAAUUGUCUGAUUCGACAGGGAAAUGCCAUUGCAGAUAACGUGUGCCUGAAUGAUGAUGUAGCAGCCUCGCAACCGUGCCCUACUCCGGAACCUUGUGUGGUAGAACAGGCCUGCAAGCAAGAUGCCAGUUUGCCCACACCAAGUCCAGAACUACCAGAACAAAGCUAUGCAACAGAUAAACCCACCGACACUCCUGAACUAAGAACUUCAGAGAGCACACCACCUGCAGAUGAGCUGUCAAAAACAUCCGCUCCAGUUGAACAUGUAGAAGCUGACACUUCUACACCCAAACCAGAUCCACUGCUUGCCUGUGCGUGGCAUCCAGAAGCUUACAUUGCAUUGGGAGCAGCUGGAGCAAUACUUGUGUAUGUCGCUCUACAGUUUGCAUUAGCUUGCUAUAUCCGGUACAAACAGUACAAACGUGAAUAUGCUAAAAUUAAACCCUCCAAAUGAAGUUUAGUUAGAUCAGAUUUGUACGGUUACUGACAAAAAGUCAAUUACAAGUCAGGUCACUAUGAAUUUACAAUUGAUGAAAAUGAGUAACCUAGCUUGUACCUGAUGACUUGUAAUAAAUUCUGGUGACCUCAUUGCAAUUCCAGAAUAGAAUAGAAUAUAAUAGAAUAGAAUUCUUUAUUGUCAUUUGUAUAUAAAAAACAUACAUUGAAAUUCAUUAUGGCCUAUGAAUGCUUGAAUAUAGCAAGAAUAAAUGUCCCUAUAUAAUUCCUUGCAACAUGCUAAAUUUGUGUGCUUUAAUUAAAAAUAGAAAUAAUUACACAAACCAAGUUUUUUUUUAAAUAACCGUCCUUUUGAAAUGUCUUUGCUUUUCACGUUCUUUUUUGAGAGUUAUUUUUUUAAUAUCCAUGUACUUAGCGUAUGUAUGCCUUUAUAUAAUUUGUGCCCACUUUAUGUGAUGAGCCAUAUCAUGUCAACCAAUUUAUAGUUACACAAUAGUGAGUGACUUAUUAAUUUGCACCCAAUAACUUGUGAUCAAUUGAAAUGACCUCAUUGCAGUGAUUGAAUUACAGAUAUAUAAAUUCCUUGCAACAUGCUAACUUGUGUGCCUUAAUUAGAAAUAUAGAUAAUGAGACUACCAAGUUAUUUGUUUUUUAAAUAUAAAUGAUCCUUCCCUUAUUAAUUCAAACCUAAAUAAAGAUUAAAAAAUCUUUUCAUUGCUUUUCAUGUUGAGUAUUUUUGAAUAUAUUUGCAGACUGUAGUGUGCAGUUUUCUAUCCCUUCUAUCCAUGUACUCAUUUUAUGCCUUUUUAUAAGUACUGUGUGUGGUAUUGUUAACUCAUCAGUCCACUUCAUGUGUGGAUGAUCCAUUUGUCAUGCUUACCAUGCAUAUUAGUCACACAAAAGUUGGUUUCUGUAGUCUAACUUUUCUAUAUUUCCUAUUUGUGUCAUCUUUUAUUCUUAUAAACAAUGGAAUGUAAAUAUAUACCACAUUGUAAUUUUCUAUUUUAAAGAUUGUAUUCAAAUAACUUAUGGCUGACAUAUUUUUGUAAUUGAAAUUUGUUUACGUAAUAUAAGCAUUUUAUUGUCGCAGAAAUGAAGUUUGGGUUUAGUUUUAAUAGCUCAAUUAAAGAUAAUGCGCACGUGUUGUCUGGUAA